AAGCACGUGCAUCGAGGACCGCAAAAACAAAAGCCACCCGCGUAGGUUGAUCGGUGCUGCCUGUAUCGGUUGCUUGCCGUGCGAGAGGGGAGAGGGGAGAGGGCAGAGGGGAGAGAUGGACGAGGGAAAUGAGAGGUUGCUGCUUUCUGAUGAGCAGGGCGAAGUGGAGGAGCAGGGGCUGAGGCAGAGGAUAUGGAAGGAGAACAAGAAGCUGUGGAUCGUUGCCGGCCCGGCCAUUUUCACGCGCUUCUCCACCUUCGGCGUCUCCUUCAUCACCCAGGCCUUCAUCGGCCAUGUCGGCCGCAUCGAGCUCGCCGCUUAUGCGCUCGUCUUCACCGUCCUCACCCGAUUCGCCAAUGGCGUCUUGUUGGGAAUGGCAAGUGCACUUGAAACUCUCUGUGGGCAAUCUUUUGGUGCAAAAGAAUAUCAUAUGCUUGGCAUCUAUCUUCAACGAUCUUGGAUUAUCUUGCUUUGUUGCACAAUUUUUCUUCUGCCCAUUUAUGUCUUUACAGCUCCGAUCCUUAGAUUCCUUGGGCAAGCUGAAGAUAUAGCAGCGAUGGCAGGGACUAUCUCACUUUGGAUUAUUCCAAUCAUCUUCUCCUUUGUCUUCUCCUUCACUUUUCAAAUGUAUCUGCAAAGCCAAAGCAAGAACCUCAUCAUUUCUUAUUUGGCUGCCUUUUCACUUGGUCUUCACAUCACCCUCUCUUGGUUCACGGUGUUCAAGCUAUCGAUGGGAGUUGCUGGAGCAAUGAUUUCGAUGAUCCUAGCAAUGUGGAUUCCCAUAUUUGGUCAGUUUGCAUUUGUCUUGGGUGGUGGUUGCCCAGAUACAUGGAAGGGCUUCUCAAUGUGUGCUCUCAGUGACCUGUGGCCAAUCAUAAAACUGUCAUUAUCUUCUGGAGCCAUGUUAUGCUUGGAGCUUUGGUACAAUACCAUAUUGAUAUUAUUAACAGGACAUAUGAAAAAUGCUGAGGUUGCAAUUGAUGCUCUUGCUAUAUGGUAUAAUUCUCGAUGUUUAAUUCUCUCUCUCUCUCUUUGCCCCUGCUCACGGUUCAUUUUGAUAAACAGCUUAAACAUCAAUGGUUUGGAAAUGAUGAUUUCUCUAGGUUUCUUGUCUGCAGCAGGAGUUCGCGUGGCCAAUGAGCUUGGUUCGGGAAGCGCUAAAGCAGCAAAGUUUUCAAUCAUUUUCGUUGUAGCUACUUCGUCGUCUAUAGGACUGGUUCUAUUUUGUGUGUUCAUGCUGGUUCGAGGCCGUGUUGCUUAUUUGUUUACUGAUAAUGUAGAAGUUGUCAGAGAAGUGGAUAAUCUUUCUCCUCUAUUGUCAUUUUCAAUCCUACUAAACAGCAUCCAGCCAGUGUUGUCUGGUGUUGCAAUUGGAGCUGGGUGGCAAAGUGUGGUGGCUUAUGUCAAUAUCACUUGUUACUAUGCCAUAGGAAUACCUUUAGGGGUACUUCUUGGGUAUUUAAUUGGAUUUCAAGUGAAGGGCAUUUGGAUUGGAAUGCUGCUGGGGACGUUUGUUCAAACUGUUGUUCUUAUAUUCAUCACUCUAAGAACAGAUUGGGACAAGCAGGUAGUUCUUGCCAAAGCUCGCGUCAAGAAGUGGACUGUUGGAACAUCAGAAGAGAACAAUGAAACUGCACGGCUUAGCUGAUACCUCGAACUGUCUCGGUUCUGAGGACGACGACUCGGGUAAAAUUUCAAAAACUAUAUAUUUUUUGCUGGUUGCUUGAUAAUGUACUCGUAUAUCCUCCUGAUUGUUGUGCAAACUAGACGCUAAUAUUUGAUACAUUGAACAAGUGCAUGAGCUUUGGGAUGCUA